AUGGCCUACGUUUGUGGCAAGCUUUUCGGCCGCACGCCUUUGAUCAAGCUCUCUCCCAAGAAGACUGUCGAGGGCUUUGUUGGCGCCUUCAUUCUUACCCUACUGUUCAGUCUUGCGUGGGGCUCCUUCUUCAUGCGCUUCCCGUACAUGAUUUGCCCCGCCAAGGACCUGGGGGUCAAUGCGCUGUCCAACGUGUCGUGCAAGUUGAACCCCGUCUUUGUCUGGCGCAACUUUGAGUUUACCGGCGCGCUCCGUGCCCUGUUGACAACCAUCCUUGGUCGCGAGCCUCCUGCGAUCCCUUACGUACCUUACCAGCUUCACCUGCUCGUCAUGGCGACCUUUGCCUCUCUCAUCGCUCCUUUCGGCGGCUUCUUCGCCUCUGGCUUCAAGCGUGCCUUUAACAUCAAGGACUUUGGUCACUCCAUUCCCGGUCACGGCGGUAUGACUGACCGUAUGGACUGCCAGUUCCUCAUGGGCAUCUUUGCCUAUGUCUACUACUCGUCGCUCAUCCGUAUUCAGAACGUCACUGUCGGAUCCAUCAUCCAGACCGUGGUCACGUCGCUUACGCUCGAUGAGCAGGUCACCCUCAUGGGCGACCUCAAGCGCUAUCUCGCCGGCCAGGGUGUCUCUGCCUAA